AGCACCCCACCUCCCACGCACGACUCGCGGAACCACCCACGCCGCCGGCCGCCGAGCCCUCACUCGGACGCCCACCCUGCCACCAGCCGUCGCUGCUCCUCGCACCCUCCCACGGUGGCGCUGCCCCCCGGCUCCUUGCGGCCCGUCACGCCCCCGCGCGGCCUCCCUCUGCAGCGCCCCAGCCCCGUGCCGCCCACCACGUCCCAGGGCGGUGUCCCUCGGCGGCUCCCCCGCCCCCGUGCCACCUGCAGCGCCGCAGCGCGCCCUCCCUCGACGGCGCCCCCGGCCAGCACGCCCUUCCUUGGCGGCGUCCAUCUAGAGAUCCACCACCGAGUCAAGUACCACUUCUUUUUUUUUCUUUCUGUUACCUAGUCAACAAUUUUCUUAAGAACAAUCGUACAUUGCAAAUCAGUAUAAAUCAUUGUUGUACAUGUCAAAUGCAUGGUCUUUUGUAGUAAGAAAUCAAAGACGGAGAGAUGUUCAUUUUUAUUUGUACAAGAGACCAUUCAAAAUUUAUUCUUUGGCUAUCGUUUGUCCUGAGUGGCUCUCUGUGUGUUGUUUAUUUUGUGAGUGAAAAGAGCAGGUCAGGUUCCUGAUAACUUCGGUAAUGUUUCUGGGUCAGAACUUAAGGUAGAGGUGAUGGAAGAGAGGCUAUUACAAGACUUGACUCGUGAAGUUUGUUCUGUGCUUUGGGUUUUAGCAUUACCUAGUUUGAAGAGUAGACUUCCAUCUUUGGAACAACUUGGAACUGUCAACCGGAUUGAUUCUUCUCUUAAAAGUCUGGAAUCAUUUGCUUCCAGCUCUCUUAUUGGAUUUCUUAUGCUUAAUGUUGACAUUACCCUAACUGCUUUGAGAAUAACUAUUGAAGUGUUCACUUGGACAGAUAGUGAAGAAGUGACUAAAGUAAUACCCUUUUAUGGUGCAUUGAUUCACCUUGCUGUUGCAACAAACCAGGCUGAGCUGAGGCAGUUUGUUAGAAAGGAUAUAUUUUCGUCUAUAACACAGGGCUUUUCUGUUGAGUUGAAUGUCGUUGUUAGUGCGGAGCUUAUUGGACUUUGUCGAGGAAUAUAUCUAUAUCUGUCAGACAAAGAUCGUGCACCUAAACAGUUUGGCUCUGGAGGCUUUGGUCAUGCACAGUUCAGAAAGUAAAACAAGAACACAAGUUCAUCACUGAUCUAUUUUUACACUAGUAAGAUAUGCAUACCAUUUGCAGUGAAAAAGUGUUUAACUAUUUUUAUCCUGGACAAUGAAUUUGACUUCAUCUCCAGAUGUGACCAAAUCUUUUUAGGCUGACAAGUAUCACUGGAACUGGUAAGUAUCACUAAAGGCUUGAUUCAGCAACACGUGAUAUGUUCCCCUCACCAGUUACCAUCUCAGUUGUCUUCCUCACCUCUGUUAUCCCAUCGACACGGCCGACAUCUCUACCACGGUGAGGCACUCCACCUCGACAUUUAUCGCCUCUCACCUCCACCAGUAGCCUCCCUAUGUUGCAGCUAUGUCUUCUGCUCCUCAGUUUUGCUUCAUCAUGCGUUCUCUAUGUAAUGGAAAUUAUGAACAUUUUUCCCCCUCAUUAUGAGCACUUUUUUCCUCA